CCCUCCUGUUCGAAGUAAAUUAUUUGAAAAAAAAAAAAAAGGAAAAAAAUAUAUAUAUCUAUUUCAACAAUCAUAUACUUUCGAAGUAACCAGCGUCCAAAGGGGAUCAGCGUCGAAGUAUUUUUAAAACGAUCAGGACAUACGGUUUGCGAACAAAAGAAGCUAGACGCGUAUAUAUGGAAAACGACAGAAAAUGACAUUUUACAUGUGUAUAUCGCGCAAAAUUCCAUGUCACCGCAAUAUAACACUGACUAUUAAAUUUCUGAGGAUACGUCCAGUCAGAAACGUUGUUUUCCAACAAAUAAGAUGAACCCAACGUGCGAACAAUAUUCGACUGACAUGAUCAGUCUCAAAAGACCUACGGCUCUGGAUAAGCUCGUCGAUUCGAUUCCUAAGCCAAAAGGCGCGGUCCCAAAUUUUGGUCUACCAAAAUGGAAAGUAAUGCCGUUAGAGUCGAAAAUCCCGAUGGUCCCUGGACCUAAAGGCGUUUACAAUUUCACCCGUCGUAAACUAGGGGAAGAACUAUGGAUCUCCACACCCGAUGCCGAAUUUAAUUUAAGCGAUCCAUAUGGUUACGAGAUAAAAUGGACUUACGACUCCCUUCACGAUAAACAUUUGCUUUCUCAUUUCUCCAAACCGAAUAUCAUUCGACAUUUGAUCAAGUCUGGUUUCAUCACUAAAGAUCUAGACGCAAAAUGUUCCCUAAAGGAUUACAAUACGUAUAGACAGUAUCUAAGAAGGUUACAUUGCGACAGUGUUAAGAAGGAAUUGAACAGAAUAACGAAACGAUCCAUUGAGGAAAGAGCGAUUUUAUAUGCACAAGAACAGGCUGAAAAAGAAGUGAAGAAAUUGAAAGAAAGGGAAAGAUUGAUGGAGUUACGAAAAUCUGCGAUCAAGCAAAGUAAAAUGGCUGAGAAAAUGAAACUCCAGAGGCAGAAAGAGAAGCAAAAGAAAAUAGAGGAAAGAUUGCAGGCAUUGGCUCAGAGGAAGAAAGAGGCACAACAAAUGCAAUACAUUAAAAGCAGAGAGAAAGCUGAAACAAUUCAGCAGAAACAAAUUGCAGCAGUAAACAUUCGACGACAAAGGAUAAAUCAAGUUCUAUUGGAAUGGAGGAAAAAGGAACGUAUACGGAAAAAGAUGAUGGAAAUGCGACUAGCGCACGAACAAGAAGAAAAACACAAAAUUGUAAAACACAAAUGGGAAGAAAGGCUAGAAUUUCAGAAGAAACAAAUUGAAAAGGAGCAGUUCCUAUUGCAAUGUAUAGAAGAUCAAAGGAAAGAGUUUAUUGAUGCAUAUAAAGAAAAGAUGGAUAGAGAAACAAAAAGAAUGAGAAAACUUUUUGAAGAUGUGAAGAUGUACAUAAGAUGUUAUUUGGCUAGGCACUUGCCUGGAAGUAGAGAACGAAUUUGUUGUAAAAAAUAUUUCUAUGAUGAUGAGGAUGAAACAUCGACCAUGAAAAGUGUUGAAAAGUCAAUAAAACAAGAUAAAGUAAGAAAAUUUCCAGUCUUUUAAUAAAAGUGUAAAUUAAAUAAUCAACUAUAAGUAACCUUGAUAUCAAGGUUUAUCUAAUAAGUACACAUAUCAUUUCAGAUAAAGAAAACACUUCAGAAGGAGAAAAAGAAAAGUAAGGAAAAGGCUGUAAAUAAAGGUAAACUAAAACAGGAACUGAAAAAGAGAAAGAAAUUAGCAAAGCUAGAGAAAAAGAAAGUACGUGAAAUUAAAAAAGUUAUCAAAAAUAGUAAAAAAGAAAAGAAAAAAAGAAAAGUAAAAAAGAAGAAAGUUAUUGAGCCAGACAUGGAAUUGGAAUUGGUGCCAUUACCUGAAUCUAUACCUUCAUCAAAAACAGAAACUGUAGAAGAAUCAAUAAUUUCUGAACCAAAAGAAAAAUGCAGAUGUCAAGCAAUUAAAGAUAAAGAAAAGAUCUUAUACGACAGAAAUAGAUGAUCUUCCCAAAAUUAAAUUUCCUGUAAUUUCACUUUCUUAAAUUGAAAUUACUUAUCUAUAAUUUUAUUCGUUUUUAACUUACAUU